UUUCAAAAAAAAAAAAAAAAUGGGCUUUCCAUUUAAUGGGGAAAAUGGUGAGCAAACAUUUACACCGAAUCAGAUGAUACUCCUUUGGAUGGUUCUUUCGAUUAUUAUUUCGACAAUUUGUUCGUUUAUUCUAAAAGCUUGUUGCAAAGUUAUUAUCGUUGUUAUAGUGGUUGCAGCCUUAGUUGGAGCAGGUUUAUAUUAUUAUCAUAAUCAUAAUUUAAACAUCAACCUACCAGUAAUGGCAACUGAAUCGAUAACACUUGGUCAAUUCUUUAAUCUACCAACAACAAUGGCUAAUCUAAAAGAAGAAUUGAAAAAUAAUUCAUUAGAUCCUAAUUCGUUUGCCCGUGCUGAUGAAGCUAAAGUUGAACAUUUACAUUUGAAUUUAACGAUUGAUUUCGAAAAUCAAAUACUCGAUGGAAAUGUUGUUCUCACUGUUCGAAAGAUUGCUACAAACGUACAAUAUCUUUUUUUGGAUACGGUUGAUUUGACUAUUUUUGGUGUUUAUCAAUUAAUCGAUGGUGUUAAACAAGCAAUUCCUUUUAAAUUUUAUCCACCUGUACCAGAAUUUGGUUCAAAAUUUGAAAUUAAUAUCAGUGGAAUUGAUUCAGAAAAAUUUCAGAUUCAUAUCGAUUAUCGAACAAAUUCUACAUCACGAGCUUUAAUGUGGAUGAAACCUGAACAAACAAAUGAUAAACGACAUCCAUUUAUGUAUUCACAAUGUCAGGCGAUCAAUGCACGAGCAUUAUUACCUUGUCAGGAUACACCAUCAGUGAAAGCAACUUAUUCGGCCGAAAUUCAGGCACCAAAAGAGCUUCAAGUUUUAAUGAGUGCUAUGAUUACCAAUGAUCCCAAACCAAUUGAUGAUAAUCGUCGAAUACAUUAUUUCAAUCAAAAAGUUCCCAUAGCUUCAUAUCUAAUUGCUAUCGCUGCUGGUGAUUUGGUUUCGAAAAAAAUCGGACGAAUUUCUCAUGUUUGGGCUGAACCUGGAACAAUUGAAUCGGCUGCUUGGGAAUUUGCCGAUAUUGAUAAACUAUUGGAUGCAGCGGAACAUUUUGCCGGUGAAUAUGUUUGGGGAGUUUAUGAUGUUCUUGUAUUGCCACCAUCAUUUCCAUAUGGAGGUAUGGAAAAUCCAUGUUUAACAUUUGCUACACCCACAUUAUUGGCUGGUGAUCGAUCAUUAGUUUAUGUGAUUGCUCAUGAAAUUUCACAUAGCUGGACUGGAAAUCUUGUCACUAAUGCUAAUUAUGGUCAUUUUUGGUUGAACGAAGGUUUCACUACAUUUUUGGAAAGAAAAAUAUGUGGUCGGCUGGAUAAACACGGUGAACAAUUUCGUCAAUUGAAUGCUUUGGAAGGUUUGAAUAGUUUGAAAUCUGUCAUACAAUAUUAUGGUGAAUCAAGUCCAUUUACAAAACUUUUGAUCGAUGUUAAUGGCAUUAAUCCGGAUGAUGUUUUCAGUUCCGUUCCAUAUGAAAAAGGUCAUACAUUUCUAUUCUAUUUGGAGCAAAAACUAGGUGGCCCUACAGUUUUUGAACCAUUCUUGAAAGCCUAUAUUGAUAAAUUUAAAUAUCAAUCAAUUGUUACUGAUGAUUUUAGCCGUUUUCUUUUCGAUUAUUUUAAAUCUGAUUCGAACAAAAGCGAAAUACUUAAUUCGAUUGAUUGGAAUCGUUGGCUUCAUUCACCUGGAAUGCCACCUGUUAUUCCUGAUUAUGAUAAAACACUUUUGAUGGCCAGUGUUAAUUUAGCCACCAAAUGGCUUAAGGCUGAAGAUAAUGAAACUGAUUCCAAUCAUUUUCCAUUAAACGAAUUCAAAUCUCUUGAUUCAAUGCAACAACAAAUGUUUUUUAUUCAAAUCCAAAAUCGUUUGAAUGAAUCAAUAACGACAACAACAAUGAAACAAAAAUUAUCACGAAUGUCUGAACUUUAUGAAUUGUCUACGGUUAAAAAUUGUGAAGUGAUUAAUGCUUGGAUUAUGUGUGGUAUAAAAGCACAAUAUGAUGAUAUUGUUCCAACAGCUAUUGAUUUUAUUACAAAAUAUGGACGUAUGAAAUAUAUUGUACCUAUUUAUAGAUCAUUAUAUCAAUGGGAAAAAACACGACAAUUAGCAUUGGAUACGUUUGCCAAAAAUCGUUCACGUUUAAUGCGUGUAGCAAUCGAUGCAAUUGAAAAAGAUCUUCAUCCAAAUUCGAAAAAAUCAAAUGAUUUAUGAUCGACAAAAUAAUAUAUUUUCAUUAUAAAAAAAAACACAAAGAAAGUUAAAAUCAAUAAAAAUUUAAUCCAUUUUUUUUUC